GUUGUAUGAUCAUAGGCAUUUAUUGAGUUGUUGCCACAUACUGGAAAUGAAGAUGAUGCCUAGCCCAUUUUUGAGAUUAUUGUGAAGGAUAAUUCUAUGUGGUAUGAAGGCUUUUCCCCCAAUUCACAGAUGAGGAAUUAGUGUCAGAAGUCAAUUGAUCAAGGUCACACAACUAAUACCAAGUUGUGCUAGUACAACCAUAUAAAUAAUUAAUACCUGAAGUCUAAAUGUAACAUGGACAUUAACAGUGAUGACAGAUAAAUGCAGACGCUUGGGAAUCACAUACUAGGCGAAACACUUUCAAAAAGAAAGGAAUUUAGGAGGUUCUAGUAUUCUCCAUGGCUGAAGCUGAGAGUCUGAAAUCCUGAUGCUUAAGCUCUAUUCUAGAUCAUAGCUCCAACUCCUUCAGGAUAUAAGGAAAAGAGAUAAUAUUUCCACAAUGAUAGAUCUUUGGUUGUACAGGUUUCCCAAUGAGUGGAUCAUGAUGACCGUAUUGUAGGGACUUGCCAUAGUAUGGCUGCUUCCCGAUCUACUCGUGUUACAAGAUCAACAGUGGGGUUAAACGGCUUGGAUGAAUCUUUUUGUGGUAGAACUUUAAGAAAUCGUAGCAUUGCUCACCCUGAAGAAAUCUCUUCUCAUUCUCAAGUACGAUCAAGAUCACCAAAGAAGAGACCAGAGCCUGUGCAAAUUCAGAAGGGAAAUAAUAGUGGGAGAACUACUGAUUUAAAACAGCAAAGUACUCGAGAGUCAUGGGUAAGCCCUAGGAAAAGAAGACUUUCUUCAGAAAAAGAUAAUAUAGAAAGGCAGUCUGUAGAAAAUUGUGAGAAAAGGCAAACAGAACCUGUUUCACCAGUUUUAAAAAGAAUUAAGCGUUGUCUUAGAUCUGAAGCACCAAACAGUUCAGAAGAAGAUUCACCUGUAAAAUCAGACAAGGAGUCAGCAGAACAGAGAAGUACAGUAGUGGACAAUGAUGCAGAUUUUCAAGGGACUAAACGAGCUUGUCGAUGUCUUAUACUGGAUGAUUGUGAGAAAAGGGAAAUUAAAAAGGUGAAUGUCAGUGAGGAGGGGCCACUUAAUUCUGCAGUAGUUGAAGAAAUCACAGGCUAUUUGGCUGUCAAUGGUGUUGAUGACAGUGAUUCAGCUGGUGUAAACUCUGAUGACUGUCAGCCUGAUGGGAACACUAAACAAAACAGCACUGGUUCCUACCCGUUGCAGGAAAAAUCAGUAGCUGAAAAUGGGGAUUCGGACACCCACACUUCAGUGUUUCUUGACAGUAGGAAGGAGGACAGUUAUAUAGACCAUAACGUGCCUUGCACGAAUUCAGAAGUGCAGGUCAAGUUGGAGGACCACAAAAGAGUAACUGCCUGCCUGCCUGUGGAGCAUGUUAAUCAGCUGACGACUGAGCCAGCUACAGGCCCAUUUCCUGAAAUUCAGUCGUCUUUAAGGGAUUCUGAGGAGGAAGUAGAUGUGGUGGGAGAUAGCAGUGCCUCAAAAGAGCAGUGUAAUGAAAAUACCAACAACGCCCUGGACACAAGACUUGAGAGUAUGCCAGACUCCGGAGAACUGGAACCAUCUUCUGUUCUAGACGGUGUGUCAGCUCAAACGAUGUCUUUAUCAGAACCUCAAGAACACCGAUAUACUCUGAGAACUUCACCACGAAGGGCGGCCCCUACCAGAAGUAGUCCCACAAAAAACAGUUCUCCUUGCAGAGAAAAUGGACAAUUGGAGGAGAAUAAUCUGAGUCCCAAUGAAACAAAUGUAACUGUUAGUGAUAAUAUAAGUGAGUCUCCCACAAAUCCUGAUGAAGUUUCUCAGAAUGAUAAAGGGAUAUGUUGUGACUCUGAAAAUUAUGGGAGUGAAGGACAAAGUAAGCCACCCUCGGAGGCAAGACUCAAUAUUGGAAAUUUGCCGUCUGCCAAAGAGAGUGCCAAUCCGCACAUUACAGAAGAGGAAGAUGAUGAUCCUGAUGUUUAUUACUUUGAAUCAGAUCAUGUGGCACUGAAACACAACAAAGAUUAUCAGAGACUAUUGCAGACGAUUGCUGUACUCGAGGCUCAACGUUCUCAAGCAGUCCAGGAUCUUGAAAGUUUAAGCAGACACCAGAAAGAAGCACUAAAAAAUCCCAUUGGAUUUGUGGAGAAACUCCAGAAGAAGGCUGAUAUAGGGCUUCCAUAUCCACAGAGAGUUGUUCAAUUGCCCGAGAUUGUAUGGGACCAAUAUACCAAUAGUCUUGGGAACUUUGAAAGAGAAUUUAAAAAUCGUAAAAGACAUACUAGGAGAGUUAAGCUAGUUUUUGAUAAAGUAGGUUUACCUGCUAGACCAAAAAGUCCUUCAGAUCCUAAGAAGGAUGGAGAGUCCCUUUCAUACUCUAUGUUGCCUUUGAGUGAUGGCCCAGAAGGCUCAAGCAGUCGUCCUCAAAUGAUAAGAGGACGUCUGUGUGAUGACACCAAACCUGAAACCUUUAACCAGUUGUGGACUGUUGAAGAACAGAAAAAGCUUGAACAGCUACUCCUGAAAUACCCUCCUGAAGAAGUGGAAUCUCGACGCUGGCAGAAGAUAGCAGAUGAGCUGGGCAAUAGGACAGCAAAACAGGUUGCCAGCCGAGUGCAGAAGUAUUUCAUAAAACUAACUAAAGCUGGCAUUCCAGUCCCAGGCAGAACACCAAACUUAUAUAUAUACUCCAAAAAGUCUUCAACAAGCAGACGACAGCACCCUCUUAAUAAGCAUCUCUUUAAACCUUCCACUUUUAUGACUUCCCACGAACCACCAGUGUAUAUGGAUGAAGAUGAUGACCGAUCUUGUUUUCAUAGCCACAUGAGCACUGCUAUCGAGGAGGCAUCAGAUGAGGAAAGUAUUCCUAUUAUGUAUAGGAAUUUACCUGAAUAUAAGGAACUAUUACAGUUUAAAAAGUUAAAGAAGCAGAAACUUCAGCAAAUGCAAGCUGAAAGUGGAUUUGUACAACACUUGGGCUUCAAGUGUGAUAACUGUGGCAUAGAGCCUAUCCAGGGUGUUCGGUGGCAUUGCCAGGAUUGUCCUUCAGAAAUGUCUUUGGAUUUCUGUGAUUCUUGUUCAGACUGCCUACAUGAAACAGAUAUUCACAAAGAAGAUCACCAGUUAGAACCUGUGUAUAGGUCAGAGACAUUUUUAGACAGAGACUACUGUGUGUCCCAGGGCACCAGUUAUAAUUACCUUGACCCAAACUACUUUCCAGCCAACAGAUGACAUGGGAGAGAACACCGUAUACUAGUCCUCUUCAACACAUAGCAAUGGUCUCAUUGUGAGUUAUGUGCACAGUUUGGAAAGGUUCUCUGCUUUCCCUGAAUGACACUCACAGCAUGACAGCUUCCUGAGUGUUCUCGUCCAGUCCAGCUCUGCACCGUGUGGCUCCAGAUCGCUGCUCAGCAGCUGAACAUUCCUGGUGAGCAAAGGGUUUCCUUGGUGAGUCUCUCACCCCCACCUUCCAGUCUCUGAGGUGGCACUUAAAUAGGUGAGAUGGAAAUGAGAGCACACAUUAAAACGUGAGUCAAUUCCAAAGGUUUCGAAGAACUUGGUCAUAAAUACGGUAAUGAGAAGACGAAGUAUUUAUAUUAAAACAGUUUAGUAGCUUUCAGUUUUGUGAAAAUAGUCUUCAGCACAGAAACUGACUUCUGUAGACAAAGUUUUAACCAAUGAAGGUGUUUGCUUCUAGAAUAUACACUUUAAAAGAACUCCCCGCCCCAGUGGUGGCCCCUGACGGCCGUUAGUAAAUUGGAGCUGCUUAACCAUAUUGAUGUCUAAUUUCUUUUAACCACAAUGAACUGUCCUUACCAACACGAAGCACUACAGGAGGCAGCUGCCACAUCGCUUCCUUAACCAGCUCAUGGUGUGUGAAUGUUAUAAAAUGGUCACUCAGAUAUAUUUUUUAAAUGUAAUGUUAUAUAAGAUGAUCAUGUGAUGUGUACAAACUAUGGUGAAAAGUGCCAGUGGUAGUAACUGUGUAAAGUCUUUAAUUCACAACAUUAAUUCCUUUAAAAUACACAGCCUCUGCCUCUGUAUUUGGAGUUGUCAGUACAACUCAUCAAAGAAAACUGCCUAAUAUAAAGAUCAUAUAUAUGGUAAUAAUUCCCUCUUUUGUAGUCUGCACAAGAUCCAUAAAAGAUUGUAUUUUUAUUACUAUUUAAACAAGUGAUUAAAUUUAGUCUGCGCAGUGAGCAAGGGUUCACAUGCAUUCUUUUAUACUGCUGGAUUUUGUUGUGCAUCAUUUACGACAUUUUGUAUGUUUCUUCUUAUCUGUGUAUACAGUAUGUUCUUGAAUAAUGUUCACUUGUCAGGAGAACUGUGAGAAAUAAACUAUGUGGAUACUGUCUGUUUAUAUUAUA